GAAGCAGAUCACCGGAAGCAGAUCGGAUUAGAAGGACGGCAUUGGCAUUUGGUCAACUUUUGAUUUGAAAGGUUGUCAUCUUCCAACACAAUUUGACUCUUGAAAGUCUUGUGUAAACUUCCCUUACUUGGAGGAUACAUUCGGUAGAUCCAUUUGACACGCCGUGUGUUUACUGAUGACGUCUAAUGUUUUCUGAUGGCGCUCGUGACUGUUCAUAUCCACAGAACAUUACCGGGUUAUAAUAUGGGACUGGGAUCUCUGCAGACUUAAAUUGCGAUCAGUCCCCGCAUUUGAAAUUCAAUGACAAAUUUUGCUAGCAUGGCGCUGUCGGCGUAUGAAGACAUUUCGGAGGAAGACGAGUGUGAUCUGCAGGACUGGCAACUCCCGCUGGCCUACAUGAAGAAGCGACAUGUGGAGAGAGUCGAGGGGAGUCGAGCGGUCACACAGACGUGGAGAAUGAAAGAAAGGAUGAAGACAGUGAGUGUGGCACUAGUGUUGUGUUUGAAUGUUGGAGUGGACCCCCCAGAUGUCAUCAAACCAUCACCUUGUGCCAGACAGGAGUGUUGGAUCGAUCCAUUGUCCAUGAGCCCACAGAAGGCCUUGGAAGCCAUCGGAGCCAACCUACAGAAGCAGUACGAACGCUGGCAGCCCCGGGCCAGAUACAAGCAGAGUUUGGACCCAACUGUGGAAGAAGUGAAGAAGCUGUGUUCAUCUCUCCGAAGAAAUGCAAAAGAAGAAAGAGUACUGUUCCACUAUAAUGGACAUGGAGUUCCCAGACCAACUGUAAAUGGAGAAAUCUGGGUCUUCAACAAGAGCUACACCCAGUACAUCCCCCUCUCCAUAUAUGACCUACAAACCUGGAUGGGAAGUCCCUCCAUUUUUGUGUAUGACUGUUCAAAUGCUGGUGUGAUACUGGACUCAUUCAAGCAGUUUGCUGCCCAAAGAGAACAGGAAAUAGAGCUGGCAAAGAUCAAUGCCCAGUCUUACCCAGGAGCAACUCAGAUGCCGCUCCCACCCUCCAUGAAGAACUGUAUCCAGCUGGCGGCAUGUGGACCCAAGCAGCUGCUCCCAAUGAACCCUGAACUCCCUGCUGACCUCUUCACCUCCUGUCUUACCACACCUAUCAAGAUAGCCCUUAGAUGGUUUGUUCACCAACGUGGAGGCAAACUGGUGCCAAGUAUCACAGAGGACCUGAUAGAAAAAAUACCAGGACGUUUAAAUGACAGGAGGACACCAUUAGGGGAGUUGAACUGGAUCUUCACAGCUAUUACUGACACAAUAGCAUGGAACACCCUCCCCAGAGAGUUGUUCCAGAAGUUGUUUCGGCAGGACUUGUUAGUGGCAAGUCUCUUCAGAAACUUCCUGCUGGCUGAGCGGAUCAUGAGGUCUUACAACUGUACUCCACUGUCCAGCCCCAGACUCCCUCCAACCUACCAGCACCCCAUGUGGCAAGCCUGGGACCUGGCUGUCGACCACUGUCUCUCUCAAUUACCUGCUAUUGUAGAUGAUGGAGCUGCGUACAGAGUGGGUUCAAUUUCUUAUGGAUAAUAGGGAUUGUUUUGAGG